AAAAUGCUUUAGCUGGCAGACUUCACUCAGACUCAGAUAGCUGCAGAGCCAAACAAAUAUGUGUGAGAGUGAGCACAGUCACCGAGGGGAGGUAGAUUUAUAAAGCUAAUUCUCUGGACCGGUAAAAUAUUCAAAUUUCCAUUUUGGUACAAGGUAUUUUCCAGCCAACAGUCAUGGUCUCCUGUGCCGUCUUCAUCCUGGGUCCUCUGUGGAUCCACAUUCUGACUCAAGCCUGCCUGGGAGAGGAGCUGCCCCGGGAAGCGGUGGUGUCCUGGUUCAGAGAGCGGCUUCUGGAGGGCCUCGGGUUGGAGGAGCCUCCUGAUGGGGAGACAGCACAGCCAGGAGCAAGGCAAGCACCGCGGAGGGCCCCCAGGACGAGCAGAACAGCGUGGGUCAACCACGGAACCAGUCCGGACCAGGAUACAUCUCAGAUUAUUCUGUUCCCCAGCUCUGACUCCGCCUGUGCCACAUCUGACUCAGCUCUUGGAGAAACCACCAGCAGCCACUUCACAUAUUACUUCCAGCCCUCCACGAACAACCACAACACCCUGGUCACAUCUGCACACUUCUGGUUCUAUGCAGGGGAAGGAGCCGCCGGCAACUCCUCCACCCGGCUCUUCAUCGUCACCUCGGCCCAGCGGCUUCUUCAGGCGGCGGAGGCUCCGUCCACUAUGAGCUCAGACGGAUGGAGCACCUACCACCUGGAUCAGAACCUGCUGGCCUCCGUGGCCGAGGGCCCUUUUCUGCUGCAGGUCCGCUGUCCGGCCUGCCAGUGCCACGCCGACCAACCAGACAAGAUGCCCUUCCUUCACCUCCACGCUCGGCCUCAUGCUCCUGUCCGAUCACCCCGCCGGGCACCGCUAACCAUCCCCUGGUCUCCCUCUGCUAUAGACCUGUUCCAGAGGCCCUCUCAGGAGAGACCCCAGCAUGCCGACUGCCACCGAGCAGAGAUUGAGAUCAGCUUUGAGGAGCUGGGCUGGGACAACUGGAUCGUCCAUCCCAAGGUGCUGACCUUCUACUACUGUCACGGGAACUGCUCGGCCUGGGAUCGGACCACCGCCAUGCUGGGGAUCACACAGUGUUGCGCUCCGGUCCCCGGGACCAUGAGGUCCCUGAGGAUCACCACGACCUCUGACGGCGGGUACUCGUUCAAGUAUGAGACCUUGCCCAACAUUAUACCUGAGGAGUGUACCUGUAUCUGAACAUUAGAGAUUAAAGGGCCAGGUCACCCACCAUGUGAAUUUAUUGUCAAAUUUAAAAACACAAGGAUUUAAAAUACUAUGUAUGCUGCAUAGUCUGGUGGUAUCAUGAUCUACACAGACUGAUUUUAUUGUAUAGCAGGUUUUCUGAAUUGUCCAGUAAUUUGCAGAACAUUUGCAGAAGCAUUGGAUAAAGCCAGGUCCAAAAUGAGCGACAAAAGUUUCCUCUUUCGAUAAUAUAAAACACUAGAAACAAACAGAAUAUAAAUAGGAAUAAAACUGGCUCUGAAUAUAAUUUAAAAAACAACAUUUUUACAAAAAGGGUAAUCAUUUUAACUAAUGAUUUUAUCCAUGAAGUUUAUUACCUGCCUACAUUCACCUAGUUUCAAUAAGUUUGAAAAUGUGCUGUGUAAUUUGGGUGAACUGGGCCUUUAAAGGUUUUAAGGACAUUAUUUUUGACAGUUUUUUAAGCAACAAUCUGUAAACAAACUCAGUGAAGGUCAGUGUUGUCUUGCUGCUCCUUCGUGGUGUGAUUUCCACCUGUAGAGGGCAGCAUCGGUCUGCUUUUACACUGAACCAUACAGUCUGACUUCUGUUAUUCACCGAUAUAACUCGCAUGUAUGAUAUUAAAUCAUGUAUUUAAAUAUGGA